UAAAAGGCAAUGCUUAUCCAUUCCCUUAACGAUAGGUUCUGUUUGUAUGGGAAGAGGUGAAACCACGUUCCAGAGCUGCUCGUGAACCAAAGGCUGAAAAAAGUCGACUUCAGAUGAUCGUCAGUAUGGUGAUGUUACCAUUGGUAUUUGUUGUUUUUGGACUACAGGGCGUUGUUGGGCAAGGUUUCACGUACUUUGGACCAAAGUCAACCGGCGCAGACGACGCGGCCUCCAUCGUGGCCUGUCCUCCAGGAUUCGUUGGUACGGACUGCGCAUGCUCCAAUGAUGCUGAUAGGUGUGACGGAGCGUACUUCAACAGUGACGGCGUGUGUACAGCUCGUAACACGUAUAGGAAGAGCGGAAUAAGAGCACGUGUGACCUGCCAACCGCUCGAGUCUCUUCUUCAUAUGACCAGUGUGGGAAGCCCUGGCUACGUGCCUAAUCCUGUGGUUUCCUGCCCCGACGGCAGCCACCUCCUCCACUGCGGUUUGAGUCAUCCGUGGAUGCAAGAUGAGAGUGACCCACAAUUCAAUGUCGUCACUGACGUGGAGAAAAAGCAAUGCAGAUUGGAGGGCAAACAAUGUGUGAAGUGUCGUCUGUAUGCCUAUUGCAUUGCCGUAGGUGCGUAAUGGGAAGACAUGUACCGGCAAAUAAAGCCCAGUUGUUGUUAUGACACGCGCACGGAAGACAUCAAUGCAGCAGGAAAAAUGCCAGCAGAAUGAUACUACUAAUCGGCGAGAUUCUGUAACGAACUUCAACCAUAUACACUUGCUUGUUGUAGACAAAUAUUCCGCUUCUUCAUUAUCUGACAAAAUGAGCCUAAAUGCUAAAAUCUCUUUCAGAUUUGAGUUGCGAUUCUGUUUGAUCUAAGGGCCUAAAUUCCAAUCACUGGUGAACUUGAAAGCAAGGAAGACGGCAAUUUGAACGAAAUAAAACAGCUACAUGUAUUUUAAUACAUUAAAAUAAAUAUUUCAUACUCGGAAA